AUGGCGACAGUUAAGAAACUCUUGGAGCGCCUCAAUGAUGGUAAGGUACUCACUACCGAGGAGAUGAUUUAUUGGGCCGAUAAGAGCGAUGAAACGCACUCUCAAACAUUCUUCGGCAAAAAUAUUGAGGAUGCGAGGCACUGUGUACGGUGUGUCGCUGACACCCUUAUAAAGAAAUACAUGAACAACCCUGAUGUCAGUGAAUUGCCCAUAGAGAAGAAAACACGGGCGUGCCUCAUUGUGAGUAACUUUGCUCUGUACAAACCUGUGCGCAACUGCAUCUUCGAUUUGCUGGACAAGUUGGAGGCUGUGUUUGAGGAGUCCAUAAAGGCAGACGCGGCACUGCCUUUCAAUCCCGAACUUGGACGUAUGACAGAGCACGUAGCUGUGCUUCUCAUGCGGGUGACGGGCUAUAAGCUUAAGGCUGCAAAUGUGUUUGAAUUUACCGAUGGUAAUGUGCAGUUUUCAGUGCAAUUAAUGCUUGCCGUUUUGCUGAAGGAGCCUCCAUACGAGCCUGCACUCCGCUGUAACUGCAUAAGUAUUAUUCUCGGGUUCACACAGCCGCAAGCGUACUUCAAUGAUGCUGCGGGUGUAGAGGACGCCUCAUGCCAGGAUUUCACUGAGAAGAUCGACGGCAUCCUCAAACUGAUGCUCCGCUUAAAUGCCGUUCAAGUGUUUGACGAUGUUCUGUCAGAGCAGUUGGACAACGUCAAGGAGGUAACGCCCCUUCUCCAUGUGGCCGUGUGCAGUGCGAUGCGGUGCGUAAUGAACAUUUUCCGCUUCUCUUCCACCGGUGGCACGCAGUGGCGCCAGCACAUUCUCCUUUCUACCACGCACCUGGACCAUUCCGUGACGGUAUACCUCCAGCUGCAAUGCAUUUCCCUGCAGAAAUCGUUGUCACUACCUCAGCCGACCGCUAGCGUGGAAAUGUUGCGUGGUAUGUCCCUAGGGUACAAGUUCGCUUCCCUCUGCACAUUUGGUAUGGGAUGUCAUACACGAGAGACCCGGCUGUUUUUCCCGUACCUACAUGAUAUGCUCCAGCUCCCCGUAAAGAGUAUUCUGGGCAGCCCGGCACUGGCAAAUGCGGUGAUGCGUGUAUAUGUGGACAUGUUCCACCUUAUAGCAAAUAUAGACGCUCUAGGUGGUGAUGAGGGCCUACCGACAGGGGAUAUGUUCCCGCAGCUGCAAAGUGCUGAGCUCGUCAAGAGCGUGACGGGCUUCUUGAAGCGAGAGGUCGCACCGUGCGGGUUAGCUUUUAUCCAGGCCUGGCACAACGCCCUUAAAACCGUGGAGCCCGACACGCUUGUUGAGCGCGGGACGCCAACUUUCCUCGAGUUGGAGAAAAUAUUCAGCGAAGUGGAGUCUGCCGUUGAGAAGCAGAGUGCACCACGACCACCACCGCCACCCCAGCCGUCAGCGCCGGCUCCGGUCCCCGCCUCAACACCUGAGCAGGCGCCCGUUGAUUUAUGCUUUGUCGGAAGGAGCCAUCUUGCGGACAUACCACCAAUCCAUCGGAAGGCAGCGGACCAGAAGAUCUCCAUUGACAAUGCUGCCGUUCCUGUUGCUCCGUCAAAUCGCACAAAACCUGUGGACCGCAACUCCGCGAUUGGUAUCGACGAGAGGAUGCUGUGCGCUCUUACUGGAAACGUCAUGAAGAAGCCCGUCGUUUCACCACACGGUCACACUUUCGAUCACGAGGCGAUCCUCGCAUGGUUGGAGCAAAACGGUUCGGUGUGCCCCGUCACUGGUAAGCCGCUGGUCGCCACGGAGUUGCGGCCGAACAAAGAGAUUACGGCGCUCAUUAUGCGGCAGACGAUUGCGCAGAGCAUGACGGCACCUAACCAGGAGAAUGAAGUGGAUAUUUAUGACUUUUAG